CAGACAAGACCAAACAACAGCUGUUAAACAGCUGUUUGCAAGCACAACAACUUUUGCACUUUGCUUCUUGUCACUCUUAUUUGUUUUUAUUUAAUUAUAUUAUUAUUUUACUACGUGUACAUCAUUUUAACAAAAUGGAAGAAAACCAAACGCGCAUGGAAAUUAUAACCGAGCUUAAAAAGCGUCACCUCCAGGUGCCCCACUUGGAGAGCUUGUCCCACGGCCAGCUGGAGAAGAUCUACCAGGAGUUUGUGGUGCCCCAGCCAAGAAGACAGCCCCGCGAUCGCUCAUCAGCGGCGGCAACCCAUCCCCCAACCAUGGGCAUGCCCAUGGAAGUGGAGCAACUGACGCAGCGCAUCAAGACGUCGGCCAUGCUGGGCCAGAAAAGACCGCUGCCAGUGGAGCAGUCCAGCUCCGAUUACAAGGUUGUCAAGCAAAUCAAGAUGGACCUCCAGUGA